AUGGUAUCCUCGGCGGCAACGACGACGAGGACAGAGAACUCCUUGGUCGGACUCCGACCUCUUCUAUUAUGUGUCCAGCGGAAUAGAGGUCGAAUUUUCCGACUCAUGCCACCAAACAACAGCGAUUGCAACAACAACAAGAUUCGUCGCAAGUCUGUUCGGCGCAGAACAGUGACAGAUCGCGACCAAUCGGCACAGGAGAAGAAAAGCAGAGUGGGGGUGACCCCAGUGAGUCGAACGACGAUGGCGAGUGGCGAUGACGAAUCAAAUCAGUUGAAAGAGAGAUCGCAGCCGGUCAACAGGUCUGGAAGGGAAGAUUUCGGUGCUGGGUAUGGGGGAGGAAGAAAGGCAUAA